CCUCAUUCUAUUGGCUGUCCUGUUCGUAACGUGUCAUAAACAGUGAUAGCCGGAUGGUGCGAAUAAUCCCGUACAAAAACCUUUAAAAUAAAGAUAUAAUGCAGUCGUGAAGUCCAUAAAGUGCUUUCGUUAUAAAGCGAGGACGAAACAAUGGAGCAGAAUAUCCAAAAUCUUCCUAUCGACAUACAAACCAGCAAGCUUGUAGACUGGCUGGUUGACAGACGCCACUGCAAUUUGAAAUGGCAGAGUGCAGUAAAGCUAAUAAGAGAGAAGAUCAACGCUGCCAUCCAGGACAUGCCAGAGAAUGAGGAGAUCAAGCAGCUUCUUUCUGGCUCAUACAUUCACUAUUUUCACUGCUUGAGGAUAGUGGAAAUUCUGAAAGGAACAGAGGCUUCAUCUAAGAACAUCUUUGGCAGAUAUUCCUCUCAGAGGAUGAAGGACUGGCAAGAGAUUGUGUCCCUCUAUGAGGCAGACAGUGUCUAUUUGGCGGAGGUGGCCAGUUUGCUGAGUCGUAAUGUCAGCUAUGAAGGCCCAGCUCUGAGGAAGCAGCUGGCCAAAGCCCAGCAGCUGCAGCAGGAGCUGAGCAGGCGGGAAGUAGAGUGCCAGAGCUCAGCUGCAGACCUGAGGGAACGUUAUUAUGCUGCCUGCAAAAAGUAUGGCAUCAAAGGAGAUAAUGUGGCUCGUGAGCUGCAGGCUCUUGUGAAAGAUCUACCAUUGGUUCUGGAGGAAGUUGGAAAGGAUUCAGCCAAGUUUGAGGAGCAAAUCCAACUUUACACUGCUUUCACAAACUUUGUAUGUGAGUGGUCCGAACCAGUCCUGCCUAUGCUGACAUUUGUCCAAAAGAAAGGAAACUCAACCUUUUAUGAGUGGAGAACUGGGAAUGUCCCCAAAGUUGUUGAGAGGCCUGUUGUGGAGGAAGCACCAGCUGAAGAAGUCACAGAGGAUAUGAUUGACUGGGGAGACUUUGGCACAGGCAAAGAAACUGACUGUGGCAUUAAAGUUGAGGAUGGAAUUGAUUGGGGCAUCAGUUUGGAGCCUGGCACUGAGGACACUGGUGCAGAUGGUAUUGACUGGGGAGACAGUGAAUCAGCUCCCAUCGAAAUUGAAAUUGUAGAUGCAGGAACAGACUGUCCCGAAGGUGUGGCAAGGGGUGAGGAUGCUUUAUCUAUUCUGGAAAACUCUCAGUCACGCAGCCAAUUCAUUGAUGAACUGAUGGAGCUUGAGGUGUUCCUGACCCAGCGUUUGAAUGAGAUGAGUGAAGAAGCAGAUAUAGUAGCUAUGAGUCAGUUCCAGCUGGCUCCCUCCGUCAUCCAAGGCCAAAGCCGUGAACAUAUUCAGAAAAUGCUAUCAGAAGUGCACGGACUUCUGGACAGACUCACCUCACUUCGGAUGCAGCACCUCUUUAUGAUACAGGCCUCACCAAGAUACGUUGAACGUGUGUCAGAGGUGCUGAGACAGAAGCUGAAGCAGGCAGAUAUUUUGGUGCUGAAAAGUGCUAUGAUGGUUGAGAAGAGGCAGGAGGCACUGGAGGAACAGUCCAGACUGGAGCCUCGUGUUGACCUGCUGGCAGGAUGCACUCGGGAACUCCAGAAGCUGAUUGAAGCAGACAUUUCAAAGCGAUACAACAACCGGCCUGUCAACUUGAUGGGUGUUACCAUAUAGUGGACUUAACAUUUACAUAUUGUAGUUAUGGCAAUGUUGUUUACUUUAUGGAUUCUGAGAAAAUAAAAGACUUAUUUAAAGUAAA